CCCGUUCUCACCGGAUAAAACCACUCUUUCUCUUCAUCCUACUAAAUUUUGAUCGGAUCCCCAUCAUCACUCACUGCUCACAGCCAUGCCAGAGGUUACGACUAUGAGGCUGAGGGUUGAUCUUGGGUGUGACCGCUGUUACAAGAAGAUCAAGAAACUGCUCUGCAAAUUUCCUGAAAUACGAGAGCAGGCUUUCUUUGAGAAGGAAAACACAGUGACGAUCAAAGUAGUAUGCUGCAGCCCUGAUAAGAUCAGAGACAAGCUUAUCUGCAAAGGCGGCAAAACCAUCAAGAGUUUUGAGAUUAUAGUACCGGAGAAGACAAAACCCCCGCCGGAGAAGACAAAACCCCCGCCGGAGAAGACAAAACCCCCGCCGGAGAAGCCAAAACCCCCGCCGGCGCCGGAGCCGGAGGAUUCACCAACGCAGCCGGCGACGCCCAAGCCUCCGCAUCCGACUACAGUAGUAGGUUACCCACCAUUCCUGCCAGUUGAUCACCCGCCGCCGGCGCCGGCGAAGGCGCCGGAGAAUCGUGAUCUGGGGCAUGGUGGCCCAUGCCACCAUGGCGGCCCAUGCCACCAUGGCUAUGGUAUUCCACACCAACGACCAUCAUCCUAUGAUGGAUAUGUGAAGCUAGUGCCAUCCUAUGAUGGCUGGCCUUCUGGGUGUCGCUGCAACAGGAGCUAUGGCUGCCGCUGUGAAUACUUUACUGAAGAAAAUCCAGCAUGCACCAUCAUGUGAAUGGCAAUCCAUGUUGAUUGUCUUUAUCUGGAUCUUUAAUCCCUUUCCUCAGUGGGGUGUUGAAUCAGUUCUUUUGGGAGCAUUUGGGGUUCUUUCUUUUUCAUAACAUAAAGGUUGUAUAGGCAAAAGCAUUAAUAAUAAUGUUGGUGCCCUAAUGUUUGUGGAUCAAUAGAUGUUGGUGAUUGUUAUGGUAUUCAUCAAGUAAUAAGUCUUUCUAUAAUCAUUUGCUUUCCA